ACUUAUAACAAAAUUAACUGGAGGCUGGAGCUAAAUUGAAACAGUCACGAACUUGCACUGUAUGUUCAUAGAACAAUGCUUAAUUAUGCAGCCUGCCUGCUUCUCCAAUAUGGCAAAGAUGAAUGUGAUGAUGGUUUUACGUAAGGUUCUACCUUGGACAAAACUAACGGGGAAGUAAGUUGAAUGUUUGCAAAUAUUUGGAGGCAAAGUUAAUUUUUAAAAAAAAUGGGGUGUGUAUGGUAUUUGUCCAGUUCGGAAUCUGAAAGGGCGUUGUCGACUGUUAACUGCAAGGGUCAACCUUCCUUGCAUAAUAGUAAUGUGAUCUGGGUCACUUACCAGUGUGAAGAUGACUUUCUCAAUCAAAGAAGCAACCAUAGACGAUCUCCAACUCGCUUUCAAGCAAAACCAACUCACAUCGAGGCAAUUAGUUGAAUUCUACCUUGGAGAAAUCCGCAGACUCAACCCGAUCCUUAAUGGGGUCAUAGAGGAGAACCCAGAUGCGUUACACUUUGCCGAAGUAGCUGACCAAGAGCGACAGGCUGGAGCACCAAACUCAAAGCUGCUUUUGCAUGGAAUUCCCAUUUUGGUGAAGGACAAUAUAGCAACCAAGGAUAAGAUGAACACCACAGCCGGCUCAUUGGCGCUCCUAGGCUCUGUCGUGCCUCGCCAUGCAUUUGUGGUCACCAAGUUGAUUCAAGCUGGGGCUAUUAUUUUGGGAAAAGCUAGUAUGACCGAGUGGGCUGCUUUCAGGUCAAUUGAUGUUCCCAAUGGCUGGUGUGCUAGAACCGGCCAAGGAAAGAAUCCUUAUGUUCUGUCGGCAGAAACUAGUGGGUCAAGUAGUGGAUCAGCAAUAUCAGUAACAGCAAAUAUGGCAGCAGUGUCACUCGGGACUGAGACUUACGGCUCCAUUCUAUGCCCAUCCAGCGCUUGUUCGGUUGUAGGAAUCAAACCAACGGUUGGCCUCACCAGUCGGGAUGGCGUCAUCCCAAUCUCCCCUAGACAGGACACUGUUGGGCCUAUUUGCAGAACUGUGGCAGAUGCAGUUUAUGUCCUUGACGCCAUUGUAGGCUUUGAUCCUAAUGAUAAAGCAACUGUAGAAGCAUCUAAGUACAUCCCACAUGGUGGCUACAAACAAUUUCUUAAGCCUGAUGGACUCAAAGAAAAGAGAUUGGGGAUAUUGAGGAAUUCGUUCUUCAAUUUGGCAAACAAGUCUGAAGUCACUGAAGCUUUUGAGCACCAUAUCCAGAUUCUAAGACAGCAAGGUGCAAUUCUGGUGGACAAUCUGAAAAUAACCGAGGUUGAUGAUAUCUUGAAUGUCAUUGCAAAAUUUCAAACAUUGGCAUUGGCAGCCGAGUUCAAACCUGCCUUGAAUACAUACCUCAAGGGACUUGUGGAUUCUCCAGUACGAUCGUUGGAAGAUGUUAUAACAAUCAACAAAAAUUUCUCAAAACAGGAAAUGGUUGAUGAAUACGGCCAAUCUCUUUUUGAAUUGGCGCAGGCCACAAAUGAAACUGACCAUGAAGUGGAAGUGGCAUUGUUAAAUUUGAAGAACCUUUCAAGAGAUGGUCUCGAGAAGUUGAUUGAGAUGAACAAGCUAGAUGCAGUGGUGACUACGGGUCGGGAAAUUAUUUACGAUCUUGCAAUUGGUCAAUUCCCAGGAAUCACUGUCCCAGCUGGAUAUGAUAGUAACGGUAGGCCUUUUGGCAUUUACUUUGGUGGAUUAAAGGGCUCAGAGCCAAAGCUUAUAGAGAUUGCCUAUGGCUUUGAACAGGCCACCAAGAUUAGGAAACCUCCUUCAUUCAAGCCUUAAAGCUUUAUAAGAAGAAUGAAAAACAAAACCUAUUGCCUUAAUAAGGCAGUUAUUGUUUCUUGCUUCUGUUUCAAGUCAAUUUAGUAUAAUAAAGUCAAAUCAUUUACAUCCAAUUCUGCACUUGAAGUGAUUC